GUUGCGCUCUUCCGUUCGGUGGAUGAAGGGGGUGGAGGAACGUGUCUGGAGCGCGCUAUUGAUGACCUCACGCUAGAAUGUGGCCGCGUGAAAGUACGGCUGCUCUGAUUGGUCGCCCAGGUCACAGCGGCACUUCAAAGCCGGAGCAGAGCCUACAAUUGUGCUGGAAUGGGCGGAACACAUCAUUGUAUUGCACACCUCUAAAAAAAACACCGCUCUAAUUCAUAAAUAUAAAAAAGAUCCUCUGAGGAGGGCACUUUUGUGAUGGCAACUUCACUUCUAGGGGAGGAGCCGCGAUUAGGUUCGACACCUUUAGCCAUGCUGGCUGCGACGUGCAACAAGAUCGGGUGCCCUUCUCCAUCCGCGAUCUCGGAUAACACGUCGUCCUUCGGUAAGGGAUUUCACCCGUGGAAGCGCGCCACGGCUAGCAGCUGCAGUCUGGGCUCGGGUUUAUCCUCCAGCUUCGGUGUGAGCAGAAACGGCGGCGCUCUGGCGGACUCAUUCGGUGCGAGUGGCACAACGGCGUCCAGCGCCUUCUCACUGACAGCAGGCGCCUCCUCCAACUCCCAUCUCGGCAACGACUACCCUGUGUUCCAGCCACCGGCGUCGAGCGCCUCUCAGGAAGCCGGCCAUCAGCCCGUGUUCAUCUCCAAAGUGCACGCCAGCGUGGACGGCUUACAAGGCAUCUACCCGCGCAUGAGCGUUGCGCACCCGUACGAAUCGUGGUUCAAGUCGUCGCACGCAGGGCUGCCGACGGGUGAUGUUGGGGCCACGAGCGCUUCCGCCUGGUGGGACGUUGGAGCGGGAUGGAUUGACGUUCAGAACGCCAACGGCGCCGCCGCGCUGCAGACACCGCUGCACUCAGGAGGACUCCAAUCGUCUUUGCAUUCGCCGCUGGGCGGCUAUAACUCGGACUACUCCGGUUUGAGUCACUCUGCUUUCAGCACAAGUGCGUCGCCACACCUGCUGACCGGCGGCCAGCACAUCAUGGACGGCUUUAAGCCUGUACUCUCUUCCUACCCGGACUCGAGCCCAUCUCCCCUGGGCGGCGCAGGAGGUGCCCUGCUGAGCGCGGCCCCGUCUGCCUCUCUGGCUGGCUCACCCAGGUCAUCAGCGCGCCGCUACUCGGGCCGCGCCACGUGCGACUGUCCCAACUGCCAGGAGGCAGAACGCCUGGGACCUGCGGGUGCGAGCUUGCGCCGUAAAGGCCUUCACAGCUGCCACAUCCCCGGUUGCGGCAAAGUGUACGGCAAGACAUCGCACCUGAAGGCGCAUCUGCGGUGGCACACGGGCGAGCGGCCUUUCGUGUGCAACUGGCUCUUCUGUGGCAAGCGCUUCACGCGCUCCGACGAGCUCCAGCGGCACCUGCGCACGCACACAGGCGAGAAGCGCUUCGCGUGCCCCGUGUGCAACAAGCGCUUCAUGCGCAGUGACCACCUGAGCAAACACGUGAAGACCCACAGCGCAGGCGGCUCUGCGGGCUCUGGCUCAGGCGGCAGCGGUGGCAAAAGGGGCAGUGACACCGACAGCGAGCACAGUGGACCUGGCAGCCCUUCAUGUAAUUCCCCCGACCUUCUGCAGCCCGCAGAGGCACUUCCGCCGAGUAUGAACGGCCGCGUCAACUCCCUCGAUUAA